AUGGGCAACAUGUUCCAGCGCCGCAUGAGACCGGAACAAUGGGUGAUGGGGUCCGUCUUCACGUGCAUGGGCCUGAAGGAAUUUGUCUCAAAUUCCGCUCCCUCACCGGCCCUGCUCUUGAUGACCCAGUGCUUUGGAUCGCAAGCCACCCUCGGCGGACUUACGAUCUUGUCGACCAAGUGGAAUAGCACGUCGUACCGCAACUUUGGCAUCUUCAUGAUUCCAUACUUUGUCUUUGACUUGUACGUGCGGUCGAUUGGUGCGAUCACGACUGUCGGUGCUGUCGGAGAUGGCAUUGGCAACGCCAUCUUUGCCACGUGCUGCUACAUUGGUUACACCAACUGCAAGAAAUCUGAAAGCAAACCUCUGCUCGGCAACAACGAUGCCGAAUAA